UGGCAGUGAAUUGUUGGAGAAAUAGAGUUCAGCCGGUUAAACCAUGAAGACCAGUAAGUCCUAUAAGCUUGUGCUGCACAAGAAAGGUUUCGGUGGAAGCGACGAUGAGUUGGUUGUCAACCCAAAAGUUUUCCCUCAAGUCACUUUGGGGAACAUAAUUGAGAUUGCACAUCCCACCGAUGAAUACAGCCCCCUCCUGCUGCAGGUGAAGAGCCUCAAAGAGGACCUACAGAAAGAGACGAUCAGUGUGGACCAGACUGUAGCACAGGCCUUCAAGCUGCGUGCAUACCAGGAUGUCAUAGUUAACAUCGUCGACCCUAAGGAUGUAACGCUGGACCUGGUGGAGCUGACGUUCAAGGACCAGUACAUCGGCAGAGGAGACAUGUGGAGACUGAAGAAAAGCCUGGUGAGCACAUGUGCUUACGUGACCCAGAAGGUUGAGUUCGCAGGAAUCAGAGCUCAGGCCAGUGAACUCUGGGUGAAAGGAGAGAAGGUGACCUGUGGCUACAUCAGUGAAGACACCAGGGUGGUGUUCAGAUCUACGUCUGCCAUGGUUUACAUCUUUAUCCAGAUGAGCUGUGAGAUGUGGGACUUUGACAUCUACGGCGACCUCUACUUUGAAAAGGCUGUCAAUGGUUUCCUGUCUGACCUUUUCACUAAGUGGAAGGAGAAGAACUGCAGCCACGAGGUGACGGUGGUACUGUUCUCACGCACGUUCUACAACGCCAAAACAUUAGAGGAAUUUCCAGAGAUUCUUAGAGGCUCCAUCAGAGAAGACCACGAGGGACGCUUCUAUGAAGACUUCUACAGGGUCGUAGCUCAGAACGAGAGACGGGAUGAGUGGACGUCGAUGUUGGUCACUAUCAAGAAGCUCUUCAUCCAAUAUCCAGUGCUGGUGCGACUGAAGGAAGCAGAUGCUUUUCCUGUCGGUUACAACGCCACCGCUGCCCAAGGCAACUACCUAGAAGCCAUUAACCUGUCGUUCAAUGCUACACAACAGGACACCACCCGGAGACUCUGGCGUGGGUGACGACUACAACCUUCCUCACUGGAUCAACCACAGCUUCUACACUUCCAGCAGCCAGAACUCGUGUGGUUCCUUCACCCCUCGGAUUAAACUCGCUGGCCAUAAGCUUCAAGCAGAGAAGUUCAAGAGCAGCAAAGAGCACACUCUCUGUGUGCCAAAGGACUGUGAUAACGCGCUGCCCAUACAGGUGGACUACGACGCCUACGAUGCUCAGGUGUUCCGACUUCCAGGUCCUUCACGAAUUCAGAGGAGCACAAACUUCAGAAUGACUCGAGACAAAGAGAGUGGGAGGAAGAGCUGGGGCUCGGUGGACGUCAGCACGGGCAUAGGUGCGUCCCCUCCGGUUCGCUCAGGAGGUCCCGACGAACAACGAAGCCUGGCCUCUGAUGACAGCCUGGGGCCCGUGUCCAACAUGCUGCUGAUACCCCGGAUGCCUGCUGCUCAGUAUGAAGUCAGCAGUUCUUUGGGAUACACCAGCACCAGAGACCUUUUAGAGAAGAUGAUGGAGUCUCAGCGGGACUCCAGCGCCCCGGGGAGGUUCACAGUGGGAAGUGCUGAGUCCACGCUGCACAUCCGGCCGGGAGGUUACGCUCCUCAGAGAGCGCUCAUCAAUCCCUUCACCCCAUCCAGGAUGCCCAUGAAGCUCACGUCCAACCGCCGCCGCUGGAUGCACACGUUUCCUGUCGGUCCUUCUGGGGAGGCCAUCCAGAUCCAUCAUCAGACCAGGCAGAACAUGGCGGAGCUGCAGGACAGCCAGCAGAGAGACCCCGCCCACACCUCUGCGGAGCUGCUGGAGCUCGCCUAUCACGAGGCCACCGGAAGGCGAAGCACCUCGCGCCACGCAGGAGACAACGGCCUCUAUCCCGCUGCAGGAGGGGAGGAGUUCACCGGAAGCCCGGGGAGCAACAACAGCGGAACUUUCACCAACCGCAGCUCAUUUCAGGACUUCUCUGCCGCUGGUGCCGAUCCCAGCCUGCUGCUAUCUGCACCCCCCACAGUGCCCAGCUUCUGCUGCACAGUGGGAGUGGACUGGAAGUCCCUGACCACGCCGGCGUGCCUCCCGCUUACCACGGACUACUUCCCUGACCGGCAGACGCUGCAGAACGACUACACCGAGGGCUGCUACGAUCUGCUGCCGCACAGCGACCUGGACAGGCGUGAAGAUGACGUUCCCGUGAUGAGUGCAUCUCAGGUGUUUGAGGAGUUCAUCUGUCAGAGGCUGAUGCAGGGCUACCAGAUCAUCGUCCAGCCCAAUAACAGAAAACAGCAGCCCGCUGUGGCCACGCCCCUCGGCAGCAGUCCGCUGUACUCCAGAGGCCUGGUGUCUCUGCGUCGGACAGAGGAGGAGGAGAGCGUUUACUGGCUCAGCAUGGGCCGCACCUUCCACAAAGUCUGCCUCAAAGACAAGAUCAUAACGGUUACUCGCUACCUGCCAAAGUACCCGUACGAGUCGGCUCAGAUCCAGUACAGCUACAGCCUGUGUCCUCCGCACUCUGAUGCUCAGUUUGUUUGCUGCUGGGUCGAGUUUGGACACGAGAGACUGGAGGAGUACAAGUGGAACUACCUGGACCAGUACAUCUGCUCUGGUGGCUCGGAGGACUUCAGUUUGAUUGACUCGCUCAAGUUCUGGAGAACUCGCUUCCUCCUGCUGCCGGCCGGAGGGGCUCGUCGGGUGGCGGAUGGGGAGGGACACUGGGACGUUUACGGGGAGGGAGCGGGUGCUGGAGCGGGUAACAGCGGGGACUGGGUCCUGUUGGAUGGCUUCAUUCGUUUCCUGGAGGGUCUCAACCGUAUUCGGCGCCGGCACCGCUCUGACAGGAUCAUCAGGCAGAAGAGUGCGCCCCUCAAAGGGCUCCAGGUGACCAGCCCGCUCUCUCCGUACCCCGCUGAGCCCGUGGCGCCACCACAGGGCAAGAAGGGCACGUCAGCCUUGUCAGCCCUGCUGGAGAUGGAGCAGAACCAGAAGACACUGGAGGAGACGGCGAAGCCCUCAGCAGCCGUCGGUGACCCUGCAAGUGUGACCGCAGCUCCCACAUACGUAGACAGCCCCCGCAAGGACGCGGCCUUUAUUUUGGAUUUUAUACGUAGCCCUCGUUCCUCCUACAUCUGUCACUCUCAGCUGGCGGCUGAGACGAGCGAGGCUGCAGACAGAGGAGUUCAGCCCGGAGCCGCAGCGCAGCCUACAGGAGAAGCUGCAGCCUGCAGCACCGACGUCAGUGGGCAGUCUGCAGCAGGAGUCCUCUCUCUGUCCUCUUCCUCCACACUCAUGGAGAUCCUGGAAGCGAUCAAACAUCCCACGACGGGCGUACAGCUUCUCCCAGAGCAGAAGGGCCUGCCGCUCAACUGCUUUAUCAGCGCAGAAGUGGUUCAUUGGCUGGUCACUAACGUGGAGGGUGUGGCCACACAGGGGAUGGCGGUGGAUAUCAUGCAGAAAAUGUUGGAUGAAGGUUUGGUGACGCACGCCUCGGGGGAAGCCAUGCGCACCUUUGUCUACGGCUUCUACUUCUACAGGAUAGUGGGAGAGAAGGACGGCGCCACCCCCCUGCUCUCCACCGCUGCAGGCGGGGGCUGGUCCACUGCAGCACUAGAGGAUUUUUCCCUGUUCCAAAGAAAGUGGUUCGAGGUGGCCUUCGUGCUGGAGGAGCGGCGCCCCUGCGACCUCCCGGCCUUCCUCCUGCCCUGGCUGCCCAGCCGACCAGCUUCCUACGCAAGUAGGCACAGCUCCUUCAGCCGCAGCUUUGGAGGACGCAGCCAGGCCGCUGCACUGCUAGCUGCUACAGUUCCAGAGCAGAAGACGGUCACUCUAGACGUGGACGUCAACAACCGCAGUGACCGAACUGAGUGGUGCAGCUGUUAUUACCACGGCAACUUCUCCCUCAACGCUGCCUUUGAGAUCAAGCUGCACUGGAUGGCCGUCACUGCUGCAGUGCUCUUUGAAAUGGUCCAAGGCUGGCACAGGAAGGCGGCGUCCUGUGGUUUCCUGUUGGUGCCGGUGCUGGAAGUUCCCUUCGCGCUGACGUCCUGCCUGUACGGAGACCCGCUGAGAGCGCAGCUCUUCAUUCCUCUGAACGUCCACUGCCUGCUGAAGAAUGGCAGCGACAACCUUUUUGAAGGGUUUGAACCGGAGACGUACUGGGACAGGAUGCAGCUCUUUCAGGAGGCCGUCCUCUACAGGUUUGGCUUCGUGCAUGACAAGUUUUCUGCUUCCACCUUUAAUUUCCCGUCUGACAACAAGCCUCAGUACAUCCACGUCACAGGCACCGUGUUCCUGCAGCUGCCGUACGCUAAGAGGAAGUAUUCGAGCGGGCAGCAGCGCCGCCGUAGAAACUCCACCACCUCCAACAGCCAGGGCCCGUUCGGAGGGGAGGAGAGGGUGGGCUACUACUGGGCCUACAACACCAUGCUGACCAAAGCGUGGAGAACCGGAGUGCUGGGCGACGAGCGGCUGGCGGACCGGCUGCUCAGAGACUUCACCGACUUCUGCAGCAACAAAGACAACAGACUUCAGAGCUUCUGGGACGGCUGCCAGGAGAAGAUGAACGCCAGCGCUCCCUGACAGCAGCGUUAAAGCCGCGCAUCGCGCUGCCUGCUGAGAGCUGCUGCUGGCAGCUCUGCAGCCUCACAACAGCAAUAAAACUACACAAUUCAAA